UAUCGGUAUAAUUUCUUCGCAAUUCAAAAAAUGUUAAAACUUUAUGUAAGAUUGUUCCUGUAGAUAUAUAAUUUCUGGCGAUGCGACAAGAUAUUGAUACGGUUGAUAAUUUAUGACAGCAGUCCAAAACCCAAAUUAACGUACAAAUAUUCUGUCAAACAUGGACUUUAAACGAAUCCCUUAUCGAUUAACUAUUGCAAUUGGAAUGGUCGUUACCGGAUCGAUCAACACACUGGUGACAAAGUGGACUGACAGACAAUCUGUUCCAGGUUGCAAAGACGGGAAGAAUCCCGAACUUCACGAAUUUGAUCACCCGUUUUUGCAGACAGUGGUGAUGUUCAUCGGUGAAUUUUCAUUAUUAAUCGUGUUCAAAAUAAUAUGGCGAUGGAGAACGUAUCGUGGAAAAGAAACUGAAGACCUGGGAAAUCAAAACUUUAACCCUUUACUGUUAUUCAUCCCUGCUUUUUGUGAUAUGAUUGGAACUUCACUAAUAUACAUCGGCCUCACGUACACGUAUGCAUCGAGCACUACCAUGUUUUCGGGUUCUAUCAUCAUUUUCACAGCUUUACUUUCAGUCGCUUUUCUUCGUCGUGUCGUAAAAAUCCCACAAUGGAUUGGGAUAGGAUGUGUUAUCGUUGGACUAAUCAUUGUUGGACUCUCGGAUGUUCUUUUUCCAGAUAAAGGGGGAGAUAUCACUUACGGGAGAAAUGAAAUCAUUACAGGCGACCUUCUCAUUGUCAUAGCGCAAAUAAUUCAUGCAAUUCAGGUGGUUGUUGAGGAAAAUUACGUCACUGCUAGGAAUAUCAAUCCUAUGCAAGUCGUAGGAUGGGAAGGUUUUUUCGGAAUGACGACACUGGGCUUUCUACUCAUACCAAUGUAUUUCAUUGAGACCGGCCAUGAUAGUGACGUCAUUUCACGGUUGGAAGAUCCCUUGGACGGAUUGUGUCAAAUUGUAAGCAAUUGGAAGAUGGCGCUUGCUACGUUCGGUACCAUUGUUAGCAUUGGGUUAUUUAAUUUUAACGCAAUGAGUGUCACACGAGAGUUAAGCGCCACAACAAGAAUGGUACUGGGCAGCAUCAAUACAGCCGCAGUCUGGCUCGUUAGUUUGUGUUUGCUCUGGGAAGAAUUCCAAUAUCUGCAGAUCAUUGGAUUCAUCGUUUUACUACUGGGAACAUCACUCUACGUUAUUCCGUUUCAUCAAAUAUUCAACAAUUAUGGAGUACUUUGAAUUCACGAAUGAGAAAAGCACAUCAACUCUUGAACGCCGUAUUAAAGCGACUUUUCCUGAUGAGCUGUAAGCUUUGUACAUCCGUGCUGUAACUUUUUAUUUGGAUGGCUAAAAGAAACUAAAAACACGCUCUAGCCUGGAUACAAGAACAGUUGAACACAAGAACAGACAACCAAAUAAGAUUGCAAUGACUAUAGCCAAAAUCAUCGAACCACCGUCUAAUAAUACUAGUGACUGCUAGUAUGUGGCGCGACGGAUGUCACUCGACUAUUAUUAAUGAUCGCAACACUAAAAAUAAAGAUGUUCUAAUGAUUAGAUAGAAUUGCCGCUCACGAAAUUUGAAACUAUUGAAGUAGAUAGGCAACUCAUAGCCUAUUUCCCUCUGCUGCUGCAAGUAUGAGCAACCAUGCCACAAUAGUCUUUGUAUUUGUUACAAGUUUCAUUUCAAUACUUUUUGGACAACUAUCCAGUUUAGUCAAGUAAAGAAGUAAAGGUUCGAAGUCCUAUUCUGUUAUUAAGUCAGCUUUAAUUUUUUGAUCUGUUUUCCUUUCC